CCUCGCUCCCAAAAGCGUCUCCAGUUGCUGCGCUGGCAUCUGGCGCGCGAGCGCAUCAAACAAUCUCGGAGGCGUCACGUGAUCAACGAAAGAACUAUUCUUUGAAAAUGUGCAUUUAGAAAAGUCCAGCGCUUAUGACUGCUCUACAAAUCCACCAAACAUGGCUGAUAUGAAGAAAGGUUAUGUAUUUAGUAAUGUAGCGCCUUUCAGCGAGCUGGAAAAGCUUUUCUGAAACAUGCACACGCAAUAGUGGAUUGCAGCAGCUUUAAUAGUGGAAGCAGAUGUUUGGAUCUGGUUGCAUUCCUGUCUUGUCAUUGCUCUGCUGGUACACCUUCAACUGGAAGUAUGCGGUCCUGGCUUUAUAUGGAGCAUAACUUUGGUCAAGUAAUAUCCUGUUUCUCCUGUUGUUUCGUGACAUCCAGGAUGACUGUGAAUUUACUAUGACUGUGAGAAAAUCCAAAUACUUUGGGAAGAGUAUGAGACUUCAACAGAAUUUCUUUGGAAGAAUAACACUGAAACCUGUCACACCAUGAGAAGGGUCUAUAUAAAGGGAGAUGUUCUUUGUUCCUUGAUUCUGCUGGUGCUUCUGUUAAUGCUGUUAUAUGCACAUCAAAGAAUAACGCCUGUAUGGGGGACUUUGCACAUUGAACAGGGGUCCACCUGGUCGAGACCCCUUCUCAGUGGAGCAUCGAUGGGACAUCAAACAAAGCCAGACCCUUCAAAAUAUCCAGUCAUACCUCCUUGCAAACCUGAGGUUCAGAUCAAGCCUAAAGCACAAGGACAAUCAAAGAUAAAAUCUCAAAAAGCACGUAGCAAAGCAAAGUCUAAAUUUCACCAGCCCUCAACAACAGCAAGUCUGCAACCAACACAUGCUUCCUUUGAUUUUGACGAUUACCUUCAAAAGAAAGACCAACGGGACUUCAAACUGCUAAUUGAUCAACCAACAAAGUGUUCUGGACCACAAGGAGCCCCUUACAUGCUGAUCGCCAUAAAAUCAGUAGCAAUGGACUUCGACAAACGUCAGGUUGUUCGACGCACAUGGGGACAAGAAGCUGAGUCCCAGAAAAACAUGAAUGUCAAGAGGGUUUUUCUUCUUGGUGUGCCCCAAAAUCAAACAGCGCUUCCAUUAUGGGACAAACUGUUGGAAUACGAAAGUCUGACUUUUAGCGAUAUCCUCCUAUGGGACUUUGAAGACACUUUCUUCAACUUGACACUAAAAGAAAUCCACUUCCUACAAUGGAUCAAUGUGAGCUGUCCCAAAGUGAAGUUUAUUUUUAAGGGUGAUGCAGAUGUUUAUGUGAACAUUGACAAUAUCCUGGAGAUGCUUGAGGGUCAAGAGAUCAGUAAGGAUCUUUUUGUUGGCGACAUCAUCGUCAAUGCCAAACCAAUACGCAGACGCAACAGUAAGUACUUUGUCCCAGAGUUUAUUUAUGGCCAAGGGAUCUACCCAUCUUAUGCGGGUGGAGGCGGCUUUGUCAUGUCAGGACAUACCGCACUGAAGCUCCACCUCGCCUGCCAAGAGGUGGAACUCUUCCCCAUUGAUGAUGUGUUCCUAGGCAUGUGUCUACUGAGGAUCAGCCUUCAGCCGACUCGUCACGAGGGCUUCCGCACCUUUGGAAUCAUAAGACCGUCUGCUGCACCCCACCUCCAGGUCUUCGACCCCUGCUUCUACAGAGAGCUGAUGGUGGUGCACAGCUUGACGGUCCCACAGAUCUGGCUCAUGUGGAACCUUCUUCAUGACCCUAACCUUCAGUGUCAUCGCAGUCAGGAUCCCACCGUUUUUCCCUUUCAGUGGAGCAACAAGAUUGGGAAGACGGAUGAGAAUAAGGCAAAGGAGAAGCUUAGGAACAACGACUAUGGGAUGAAAGUGUUUGUGGAACAUUAAAGAUAAUGAAUGUACCUUGAAAAUAAAACAUCAAACCAUG